AUGGGUUUUCCCCGAGCAGAGAGCAACAAGAAACAUGGACCAUUAGUGAGACUGGUGAAUGGACAGAACAGGUGUUCCGGUCGCGUUGAAGUCCUUUACAAUGGAAGAUGGGGAACAGUCUGUGAUGAUGCCUGGGACAUAAAUGAUGCAGAGGUUGUGUGCAGACAGCUUGGGUGUGGCCAGGCCAUUGAGGCCCCCAGGAAUGCCCGGUUUGGUGAAGGCUCCGGAAGUGUUCUCUUGGAUGACGUGCAGUGCAGAGGGAACGAAUCCUCUCUGUGGCAGUGCUCGCACCAGGGGUGGGGCACACAUAACUGUGCUCACCAUGAGGAUGCCAGUGUCAUCUGCUCAGCUCCACCACCUCCAACAAACGGGCCCCCUCCAAGUGGGCCAUUAGUGAGACUGGUGAAUGGACAGAAUGGGUGUUCCGGUCGCGUUGAAGUCCAUUACAAUGGAAGAUGGGGAACAGUCUGUGAUGAUGCCUGGGACAUAUAUGAUGCAGAGGUUGUGUGCAGACAGCUUGGGUGUGGCCAGGCCAUUGAGGCCCCCACGAAUGCCCGGUUUGGUGAAGGCUCCGGAAGUGUUCUCUUGGAUGACGUGCAGUGCAGAGGGAACGAAUCCUCUCUGUGCCAGUGCUCGCACCAGGGGUGGGGCACACAUAACUGUGCUCACCAUGAGGAUGCCAGUGUCAUCUGCUCAGCUCCACCACCUCCAACAAACGGGCCCCCUCCAAGUGCUCCACCACCUCCAACAAACGGGCCCCCUCCAAGUGGGCCAUUAGUGAGACUGGUGAAUGGACAGAAUGGGUGUUCCGGUCGCGUUGAAGUCCAUUACAAUGGAAGAUGGGGAACAGUCUGUGAUGAUGCCUGGGACAUAUAUGAUGCAGAGGUUGUGUGCAGACAGCUUGGGUGUGGCCAGGCCAUUGAGGCCCCCACGAAUGCCCGGUUUGGUGAAGGCUCCGGAAGUGUUCUCUUGGAUGACGUGCAGUGCAGAGGGAACGAAUCCUCUCUGUGCCAGUGCUCGCACCAGGGGUGGGGCACACAUAACUGUGCUCACCAUGAGGAUGCCAGUGUCAUCUGCUCAGCUCCACCACCUCCAACAAACGGACCCCCUCCAAGUGGACCAUUAGUGAGACUGGUGAAUGGACAGAACGGGUGUUCCGGUCGCGUUGAAGUCCGUUACAAUGGAAGAUGGGGAACAGUCUGUGAUGAUGCGUGGGGCAUAAAUGAUGCAGAGGUUGUGUGCAGACAGCUUGGAUGUGGGCAGGCCAUUGAGGCCCCCAGGAAUGCCCGGUUUGGUCCAGGCUCCGGAAGUAUUCUCCUGGAUGACGUGCAGUGCAGAGGGAACGAAUCUUCUCUGUUGCAGUGCUCGUACCGCGUGUGGGGCACACAUAACUGUGGCCAUCAUGAGGAUGCCAGUGUCAUCUGCUCAGCUUCUUCACCUACCACACAGGAGCCCAUUACUACAUAAUGGAUUCUACAUUUGGAAAGGUUGCCUGCAAACCGUCACGUACAAGUCUGUACAAAUCAACUGGUGAUCUUGAAGCAUAGACCUCAUCAUAAAAUGAAUGA